CCGGAUCGGAAGGGAAGGAAAGGGAAGGGAAGACCAGAGAGAGCGCCGUCGCUUCGCCGUCCACUAAACCCUAGAUCGAUUCCUCAAGGAAGCGGACGAAGAAGAUGCCGUCCUCCUCCUCGUCGGCUCUGGGAAAGCGCGGCGUCGGCGGGGGCGACGGGGACGGCAUCCUGGCGGCCAUCUCCCGGUCGCAGGUGGCGGCGCACGGGCGCGAGGCGGCGACCAUGGCGAAGAAGCUGCUGCGCAGCACGGGGAAGGCGGCGUGGAUCGCCGGGACCACCUUCCUGGUGCUGGUGGUGCCGCUCAUCAUCGAGAUGGAUCGGGAGCAGCAGCUCAACGACCUCGAGCUCCAGCAGCAAGCCCUCCUCGGCGCGCCGCCGGCCGCGCCCGCGAAGUGAAAUGGGUCGCCUUCCUCUGUCUCCUCCCUCAUGGUGUCUUUGUUUUUAGGGGGGUCCAUCUUAAUAUCUAGUUGUCGUUCGUCAUAGCAAGUUGAGGACCUCGUUUGAUUCCAAUUCCAAAAGCUGUUCCAUGGUGCAGCAAGUAGAUUUUGCUCCAUCGCCGCUGCUAUGUCAUCAUCUGCUCUGCUUGUGUUGUGUUUGUUACUAGUAUCAUCAGACUUCUUGUUAUACCAAUUCUGAGCAGUCGAACCUAUCUGUCUCUUGUGGAUGCGGUGCCAUGGCGAUGAAUAAGUCAAAUCCAUACAUGCUUUUGAUGUGUUCA